AUGCCCGUCUCGCACAUCACCCUAACCGUCUCCCAUCUCCCAACUUCAACCUCUUUCUUCUUAUCAUGUUUACAGCCACUGGGAUACCAGUUCAUCGGUCGACAUGACGACUACAUAGGAUUCGGUCAGAAGCAGGGGGAACCUGCUGAUUUCUGGAUGACCGAAGCUAAGCCUGGAACCCCUCCCGGCGCAGUCCACGUCGCCUUCCCAGCCCCAUCAAAAGACGCCGUCGGCUCCUUCUUCAUAAGUGCCCUCAAAGCCGGCGGGAAGAUCCACGGCGAACCCAAAAUGCGAGACUCGCAGUCCGGGUACUUCAGCGCAGCCGUCAUCGACUUCGACGGCAACAGCAUCGAAGCCGUCUACCGAUCCAGCAAUGCCUCCAUCGCAUCAGAAGCCAGCGGACCAACAAUGGCUCUACUAGAGAGUUCCAGCCGCUCGGUAGUCUCCAAAGCAAGCAGCAACGCCAGCACCAUCAAAGCAGAGAGCAUCGCACCCAGAUCCGAAGCAGGAUCCAUCGCCAGAUCCGACAGAUCACGCGCCUCCAAAGCACCAACAACAAUCGACCGCUCCGCACCAAGCGUAGUCUCCCAGUCCCGAGGCCCACCACCCUCCUACACAAUGCAAGCACCAGCCCCGAAACCCGACGACGGCACCAAAGCCGCCAAAACCAUCGUCGGCACCCUCAUCGGCGCAGCAGCCGGAGCAGCAAUCGCCUACGCAAUGGUCAAAGGCGACUCGCAGUCCGAAGACACACAGUCCCAACAAUCCACCACCAUCCCCUUCGCCUCAACCUUCCCCCAAAUCAAAGCAGCCGCCCAAUCCUUCUUCAGCGACGACCAAUCCCAAUCCGGAUCCCAAUACCGCGCAAUCGAAGCACCACCCCCACCACGCAGCAGCUACACAUCCGCCUCAGCCAACAACCCACGCUCAACCCUAACGCGCAGCGUAACAUCCAAAAACCCGCGCGCAAGCACAAUCUACGACGGAACCGAAUUCUACGAUAACCCCCGCCGCGCUUCAGAAGGUAGUAUCUACAGUAUCCCCGAAGACGCACCUCUACGCGCAAUCGAGUACGGCCCACCACCAAGCACCACUUCAACCCGCCACUCAAAGUCAAAGCCUUCGACCUUUAUCAGUAGCUACCACGAGCCACGCGCAGCUUCCGUGCAUAGUUCGUCAACUAUCAAAGCUGCCCGUCGCCACAGUCAUGAUGAAGGCGAGAACGAGACUGUUGUCUCGCACCGUUCUCAUCGCAGUGGACAUUCUUCGAGACGGUCUUCGAGAGAGGAGAAAGAAAGAGAUGAUCGGUCGGUUGUUUCUGCUUCGCGCUCGACGGCUAAUAUCCCGCUUCCGGCUGGCUCGACGUCGUACUAUUCUACCCCUGGUAGGAAAGACUCGUAUGUUAGUGCGAGGGAUGUGCCGUUGCCUGAGAGUGUGGUUGGUGUAGAUGUUGAGUCUGUUGUUCCGGAGGAUUCGAUUAGUCAGGUUGGGGGCAGGAGUUCGCAUUCGCAUCGGUCGCAUCGGUCGAGACGGGAGAAGGAUGGGGAGAGUAGGGUUUCGAGGGGGAGUCGGAGGAGUCAGGUUGUUUAG